CGAAACCAUACAGAGUCCACUACCAUGCAGUGCACUGUCCCCGAAGCGCAUCCCCGCCUUCGCAUCACAAGUAACAUCCGUUAUCAGUGAGCACCAGAAAGGUCUCGCCGGUGUCAUCUGGUGGCAUGCACAUGUGUCCAUCAACUUCAGGCGACUUUCGACGAGAACGUUGAGCAUCCGUGCAUAUGGCACCUCGGAUUUUCACCAGCGAAUGAAUCUUGCCAGCGAUAUAAGGCGCAUAGGCCUGUUCUCGGUGCUCUAGCCCACCAAAAGCUCUCCGUCCCUUGCGAUGUUGCGUCGUCUCGCGCUCCUGGCUGCUGUCCCUGCUGUCCUUGCCACCUCUCUUUCAGACAUCCAGGGCUCUGCUUGGCAAAGCACCUAUGCGGGCAAGAAGGUUACCGAUGUGGAGGGCACUGUCACUGCAAAGAGCGACAGUGGCUUCUGGAUCACGUCCGGCAACUCUAGCCUUCAAGUGUACACGACUUCCACAACCGACCUGGGCAAAGUCGAUGUCGGUGACUCUGUGACUCUCAGCGGCACCGUUAGCUCGUACAGGAGCAGCUCCCAACCCAACGACUUGUAUGUGACCGAGCUCGAUGACAUCUCCACUACUUCUUCGUCCUCCGGCGAUGCACCCUCCGCCAUCGUGCUCGGCAAGGACGUCUCUCCCCCUACUGGUCAGAUGUCUGCACUGGACAAAGGGUCGGACGGCUUCCUUUCCGUCCCCAACAACGCCUCUAGCGUUGAAGCCACGAACGCUGAUCUCCAGCCUGACGCCUAUGGGAUGGACUUCUGGCAGAGCAUCGUGAACUCAUACGUCACUGUCCCGUCCCCAGUCGCCGUCGACUUCAAUGACUACUAUGGCGACAUCUACGUUCGUGGCGACUGGAACGUCCUGGGGCUUAACAGCCGCGGCGGUCUGACAAUGGUUCCUGAUGCCAACGGCUUGCCCACUCCCCAUCCUGACGAGAUCCUGGUCUCCACGCCUCUCGAUAACACUACGCUCCCGAAUGUCACCAUGGGCACUACCCUUUCAGACAUUAGUGGUGUCCUGACUUAUCAGUACGGUUACUUCACCAUUCUACCUACGACUGCUCCCAAGGUCCUGUCUUCGCCGGACUCGACGGUACCCGCCUCCAACAUUACGUCCAGCAGUGACCAGUGCACAAUUACGUUGGGUGACUAUAACGUUGAGAACUUGGCGCCGAACUCAACACACAUGGGCAAGGUCGCCGACCACAUCGCCAACUACCUCAACUCGCCCGACAUCAUGUUCGUCCAGGAGAUCCAGGACGACAGUGGCCCCACGGACGAUGGCACCGUCAGCGCUAACCAAACGCUCGCGAACCUGGUUGCCGCUAUCAGCUCCGCGGGCUCGAGCGUGGGCUACGAGGCCAUUGAUGUCAACCCUCAGAACGAUAAGGAUGGCGGUGAGCCCGGCGGCAACAUCCGACAAGCUUACUUGUACAACAGCAAAAAGAUGACUCUUGUCCCUGGCUCGCCUGCUGGCGGUGCCACUGACUCAACUAAAGUGAUCAACGGUACUGAUGGCAAGCCCACUCUCAGCUAUAACCCAGGUCGCAUCGAGCCAUACAGCCAGGCCUGGAACGAUUCGCGCAAGCCCCUGGCAGCGGUCUGGGAGACUCCCUCAGGCGACCGCUUCUUCACGAUCAACCUUCAGCUCACCGCCAAGCUCGACAGUUCCUCUGUCUGGGGUGAUGCCCGCCCUCCUGUGAACGCCUACGUUGAUGAGCGGACAGCACAAGUCAAGGUCGUCGCCAGCUUCAUCCAAGACAUCCUGGAUGCCGACUCCAACGCGAACAUCAUCAUGGGCGGCGACUGCAACGAGUACCUCUACACCACCUCCGUCUUCGCGUCUCUCUCGGGCCUCGUGACCGAGAUCGACGCGCUCGCGAACAUCCCCGUCGAGGAGCGCUACACGUACGUGUACAAUGGCAUCACCGAGCAGCUCGACCACCUCUUUGUCUCCGACGCCGUCAAGGGACGCGGUGUCGAGGCUGAGCAUAUUCACGUGAAUAACUGGGCUGCUACGGAGGCGGACCGAGCGAGCGACCACGAUCCCACUGUUGCGCAGUUCAAGGUCUGCUAGACUAUGACUUGUAACGAGUAGGCUUUCUAAGCUUUGAUACGAUGUUUAACCGAUGAAAACAUGGCCUGGAAUAUCUUCGCCUGUUUGUG